GUGACCGGUUUGUCUUCAGCUAUGCGUCCUGUCCAUUGCAGGACGAAAACAUGGAAAACUGGUCGAGAUCUGCUAAGAUCACUUACAGGCGCUGGACCAAUUCUGAGCCAGGAGAUGGGGGAGAGUUUGUGGGUCACACUGAUGAAGACCAGGCCACGGACAAUGAGAUCUGCACCAUCGCCUCAGCACAAGUUGACUCAGGGAGCAGAAAGUCCACCAACAGUUCCGGAAAUAACAGAACGGCGGAAACGUUUUCAGUGGACGAUGCACUGGAAGUGGUCGGAUUUGGAGUUUUUCAGUGGAAGAUCUCGUUCGUUACGGGACUCGCAUGGGUGGGAGAUUCCAUGGAGAUGAUGAUCCUCAGCAUCCUGGGGCCCGAGCUGCACUGUGACUGGAGUCUCCCCAGCUAUCAAGUGGCGCUCAUAACAUCAGUUGUCUUUAUUGGGAUGGGGAUCAGUUCACUCGUUUGGGGUAAUGUGGCUGACAAGUACGGAAGAAAAGUAGGUCUGGUCAUGUCCAUGUGCUGGGCUCUGUACUACGGCCUGCUCAGCGCCUUCAGCCCAGUCUACGGCUGGCUGCUGGCCCUUCGAGGCUUCGUAGGCUUUGGCAUUGGAGGAACACCUCAAUCAGUGACUCUGUACUCUGAAUUCCUUCCCGUGAAAGCAAGAGGCAUGUCCAUUAUGUUGAUGGCGGUUUUCUGGGUCCUUGGCACCGUGUCCGAGGUCCUCCUAGCCCUGUGGGUAAUGCCCACUCUGGGUUGGAGGUGGUUACUUGGUCUCUCAGCCAUUCCUGUGGGAAUUUUUGUUUCUUUCUCCUUUUGGUUGCCUGAAAGUCCUCGUUUUGAUGUCCUGUCAGGGAGAAGAGAAAAGGCAAUAGCAACUUUGACUCGCAUCGCCCGUGAGAAUGGCAAAGAAUUACCUCAGGGAACACUCAUCGAAUAUAAACAGAACGAACGUGGACAGUACAAAGAUCUUUUUUCUCCACAGUACUGGAAGAUGACUCUUCUUCUAUGGUUUAUAUGGUUUUCUUUUGCCUUCUCUUAUUUUGGGAUUGUCCUGCUGACCACUGAACUGUUCCAAACAGGGUCAUGCGGAAUAACCCAGGGAAGCAGCAUUGAACCGAGGUGCAGCUUAGAAUGUAAAUAUUUGACAUCCGCUGACUACAAGGAUCUCUUAUGGACAACGUUGGCAGAGUUCCCAGGCCUUUUAAUAAUCCUGUUUGCAGUUGAUUACCUUGGCAGAAAGAAAAGCAUGGCGAUUUGUUUUGUCAUGUUUUCUUUGUGCAUUCUGCCCUUGUAUGCUUGCAUUGGGAGGAUAGCUCUGACAAUAUUCAUCUUCAUUGCAAGAGCCUUCAUCUCUGGAGGAUACCAAGUUGUUUUUGUUUACACACCAGAGGUUUUUCCUACAGAAAUCAGAGCCUUGGGCAUGGGGACUUGCAGUGCUGUUGCAAGAAUUGGUGCCCUGAUUACACCAUUUGUGGCUCAGGUGCUGCUCAGGACGUCAAUGUACCUGACCCUUUCAGUGUACUGUGGCUUCAGUCUGCUUGCUGCCCUUGCAUCCAUAUUUCUGCCUAUUGAGACUCUGGGCAGGAGUCUGCAGGAGUCCAGCCUUGACUCAGACAGAUAAACAACAUAACCAGAGAGUCAAAUAGCUCAACACACUCCAUGGACCAAUGACAGGUCAACCAGGAAGAAAGUAACCUUUUGUGCCGUCUAAGCCUUCUGGGAAUACAUUUGCUUUUGCAACAAUGAACUGAAUUAUCAGAAUGAUGACUGGAGAAGGUUACAGGGCAAUCUUAUUAUAAACAGGGGGGAAAUAAAUGAAGGGUUGCUGUCUGUCUAACAAUAGGAGAAGGAUGCUAUUGUUAGCAAUAGUAUCCUUUUGCUAUUGCUAAAGAAAAACUUAUUUGAAAAGAAUAGUUUUUACCCAUUCAGCUCCAUCUGGCACUGAGACUGUGUCCUUAAGAAAUAUAAAGAGAAGUACAUUAUCUUCGAUUUCAACCAAAUACUUAAUUUAAUCUUAGUGACCUUGGACAUUUUUUGGAUCAUUUAUAAGGUGAUGCUGCUUAACUUCUUAGACUCAGAAAAACAAGAGAUUACUUUGAGCCGAAUGGAAAGAUCAAUCAUUUUCAAAAUCAAUUUGUGAUAGUUUUUCUCCUGUUUGUCUGUUUUACUUCACUGCAUAUAGGGGGGAAACAUCUUAGUGAAAUAAAACCUGAUAGACUGGGGGAGAGGAGGAGAUAUGUAUGAUAAUGGAUUCUAAUUUCAAAUCUUUUGAGAACUGGAAAUAUGACUGUAUCAUGUUCAAUUUAAAAACCUAUAGGAAUUUUUAAUUUUAUGUGAUGGACUAACACAAAAUGGUCCAUUUUGUUGAAGACAAAGGACAUCAUUUCACUGCGUUUUUGUGCAAUUUUACUAAUAAAAAAUGUAAACUGUA